CCUCACUGCCCGCCCCCAGCCCGGGCGCCGCGCGGAGUGGAGCGGCGGGGCCGCCUCCUCCCCAUCUUUUUCCUGCUCCUCGUCUUCCUCAGCGGCGGCGGAGCGCGGUUUUACCCCCCACCACCACCUCCAUCUCCCCGCCACGGCGAUGGCCGAGCUCAAGUCGCUGGGCAGCGAGGCGUACCUGGCGCUGGCCCCGGGCUACGGCCCGUCGGCUUUCGCUUACGGGGCCGUCCGCGGCGGCGCUGAGGGCUCGCGGGGGACCUACCCGGGGGGUGGCGGGGCUGACUUUCACCCCAGUGCUCUGGGCAAGUCGGCGGAGAGUAGCGGCGAGCAGAGCGGCGACGAGGAGGACGGCUUCGAGGCCGGGGUGAAGAGCGGCUCGGCCUUCGAGCGAGAGGGCAAGCUGAAGGGGGGAGCCCUGGGCAAGAAGCCGAAGGAGCAGCGCUCGCUGCGCCUCAGCAUCAACGCGCGGGAGCGGCGGAGGAUGCACGACCUGAACGACGCCCUGGACGGGCUGCGCUCCGUCAUCCCCUACGCCCACAGCCCCUCGGUGAGGAAACUCUCCAAAAUCGCCACCCUCCUCCUGGCCAAGAACUACAUCCUCAUGCAGGCGCAGGCCCUGGAGGAGAUGCGGCGGUUGGUGGCCUACCUGAACCAGGGCCAGACGCUGAGCACCCCGCUGCCUGCCACCCUCAACCCCUUCGGACAGUCGGCCGUGUACCCCUUCGGCGGCGGGGCCUUGCCCGGCUGCCCCGAGAAAUGCACUGCCUUCACAGGAGCCGCCUCCGCCCUCUGCAAACACUGUAAUGACAAGCCUUGACUUCUGGCUUCUUUGGGCUUUUUUGGGGUUAAUUUCUUUUAUUUAAUUUUUUUUUUCUGUGCACUUUUCUUUCCACUACCAUCAGCCCUGGCUUCCUACCAUCAGUUAAGUCUGGGUUUUCCUUUUUGUUUUGU